UUAUGUUGCCACUUCGUGAUUUUUGUAUUAUUAACCUCCAAGGUGAGAUAAAGACCCACCACUGAAACACUCUUAACCACCUGUGACUGUAACUAUAUCAUUACUUUUGAAUAUAGGGUUUUACAGUACGAUCCAUGGGUGAUAAUAGUGUUGAUGGCGCUGGUAAUAUGGAGUCGGAUGAAGAAAUAAGUGAGACAGAGGAAACGUUAUCGACCAGACAGCCUGCAGUAGCUACAUUAGAAGUGCCAUUCAACACCAGUCGGGAAGCAGAGGUGGUGCGCAACAGCCUACAAGUGGACCCAGAGCCUAAGAGGAGCGGUUCAUCUAAAACCUUCACCCUCAAGGAGAAUGUUCUUUGUGUAGAGAUUCGCUCACCAGAUGUUCGACAGUUGAGGACAGCAGUGUGUUCCUUCAUGGAUCUCCUGCAUCUGGUAGCUAAGACUGUUGAUCAAUUUGGUCCCCCAGCACAGCAGUCUAAGAAGAUGUGUGUGUGAUAUCUUGUAUGUUGUCUUCCACUGAAGCAACUCACAGUUUUUAAGUCAAGAGGACCAAUCCUUGAGGUCUUGAUGUUCAUCGUGUCACAGUAUGAUGAAAAAUAAGAGCUGCAUGAAAUGGAAACCAUGAAUAUGUAUAAUUAAAUAUUGGGAUGAAUUUCUGUUACAAAAUAUAUAUCCAUCAUGCAGAAAUGCUUAUGCAGCUUAUACAGCAAUGUAUAUACAGUACGUACUGUACUUGUAUUCAGUAUUUUUUAUUUUUUUAUUUUGGAGUAAAAAUUGGAUGAUGUGCACAAAAUCGAUUUUGGGUAGAAUAAGUUCAGUGUUUUUCUGUGUUUUUAAACUUUCAAAAAAUGGCAGACUAUUUUAUUUACAGAUAAAAUAUCAUACAUAUACAUAUGUAUUGACCAUUCAAACUGUGUGCAUGUACAGUAUUGUUUUAUUCAAGCUAUGUUCAUAAUUUUCUUAAUUUUUAAUAUAUUUAAAGUUGUGACACUAGUGUCCUGACCUGUAAUGAACUGUUAAUAAAGUCAGUAACUUA